AUGUUUGAAGAAGCAAUCUCUUUACUCUCAAUUUGGGCCUCCAUGAAUAGUUGGUUAACCCCAACCGUCCUCUUCCUCCUCCUCAACCUCAUGAUUGGCACUAUCGCCGUCACCUCCGGCUUCACCUCUCACAAACCCUCCCAUCACCACCACCUCAACCACCCUGAUACCACUUUCCACCACCACCUCAACCAACACCAACCACCACAACAACAAUUCCAACCUCAAUUAACUCGCGCUCCUUCCGUCUUGCAACGCCUUAAAUCUAUCAAUCUUUACACUUUCUACUCUCACCCUCCCACCACCCACCUUCAACAACCACCACCACCACCUCAACAACAACAACAGCCUGAAAUCCACAACCACCAACCCAACUCCCCCACCCCCAUUUCCAGUGUCGCUUCCGACAACGUCUCCGACGAAGAUUGCGAAAACCCCACUUUGGACGAAAUCUACAGCCGUAUUAAGCACGAAAACUCAAUUUCUCACUACGGCCGUCAAAAUUCCGACACCAAACCAUCUGGCGGCGAAAUCCCGGUAAAACUUCCUAAGAAGAUGAAGAAAUCUGCUAGUGAUAAAUCCGCCUUCAAUCACUUUCACAUCGAAGAAGAAGAAGCUGAUAAUGCUGGUGGUAGUGUUGAUAGUCCUCUAAAUCACACUGCAGUGCCGACGGUGGUGGAGGAGGUUGAAGAAGAAGAGAGAGAAAAUGCGUUUACAGUGAGAGAAGAUCAAGAUGAUGGUGUUGAUGCAAAAGCUGAUGAUUUUAUCAACAGAUUCAAGAAACAGCUACAAAUGCAGAGGGCUGAUUCCAUUGUUAAGUAUAAAGAUAUGAUUUCUAGAACUUCUGCUCAGUAA